AUGGCCGCGGUAUACAAGUCGCUCUCCAAGAGCAGCAGCAGCCAGAAGGCCGAGGCCCCGGCCAAUGGCGUGCGCAAGAACAAGCAGAGAGUCCUCAUUCUCUCGUCUCGAGGCGUGACGUUCCGACACCGACAUCUGCUCAACGACUUGGCGGCGAUGCUCCCCCAUGGCCGCAAGGAUGCCAAGUUCGACUCGAAAAGCAAGCUAUACCAGCUCAACGAGUUGGCUGAGCUCUACAACUGCAACAACGUCAUGUUUUUUGAGGCACGCAAGGGACAGGAUCUCUAUAUCUGGCUGAGCAAGGUUCCCAACGGACCGACGGUGAAGAUGCACCUCCAGAACUUACACACCAUGGACGAGCUCAACUUCACCGGCAACUGCCUCAAGGGCAGCCGGCCGGUCCUCUCCUUCGACAGCGCAUUCGAGCAGCAGCCCCACCUCCGCGUCAUCAAGGAACUUUUCCUCCACACAUUCGGCGUGCCGCAGGGCGCCAGGAAGUCGAAACCCUUCGUCGACCACGUCAUGGGCUUCACCUUUGCGGACGGGAAGAUCUGGGUGCGCAACUACCAGAUCAACGAGGUCGAGGCGGGCAAGGGGGCCGCGGACGAGGAGGCGGCGGCGGCGGCGGCAGCCAGCAAGGGCCGCGGCGGCAAGGAGACGGACAUCAGCCUGAUCGAGAUCGGGCCGCGCUUCGUCCUGACGCCCAUCAUCAUCCAGGAGGGCAGCUUCGGCGGGCCCAUCCUGUACGAGAACAAGGAGUUCGUCAGCCCCAACCAGGUGCGCGCCGACCUGCGGCGGAAGUCGGCCAGCCGGCACAACGCCCGCGCCGAGCAGCAGGUCGAGAGGCUGGCCCGCCACGGCGACCUGGGCCUGCGCACGAGCGGCGGCAAGAAGGCGGCGGCCGACGCGCUCGACGCGAGAGAGCUGUUUGCAUAG